UUCAUAUAUCUAUAACUAGUUUAACUGCUACCGUUGUUGACAAGAACAAUUAGUAUUACCGUACGGUUUGCAUAAUGACAGAGAGUAGCGACGGAAUUGCUUCCAGUCCGGAAUCCUAUCUUGAAAGAUUCCAAGUCCUGUUAUAUUUAGAAGAUAGCAUCUCUCAGCUUCUAGAAUACAAAGAUGAUAACCCAAAAGUGAAUGUAAUUAAAUUUAUGAAUGAAUAUUUCCAGAGCGUAAAGAAUGGUACUCAUGUCAUGUUCCGAGAAUUUGAAUUCAUUAAUGCUACACUACACAACAGAAAAUCUUUCAUUAAAUUGUUCUGGAAAUGUUUUCAGCAAGUUGGGAAGAAAGGAGAUUUACUUACCAUACAAGAAUACCAUUCAUUGAUCUGUCUGCUGUGUUCUGACUUUCCUUUUGAAUUAGUACAGAAAACUGCUCGCAUUGUAAUGUUGGACGAUGCACUGGAGUAUCUGAUCUCUUUCACCGAUUUCCUUUAUGCCUUUCAAAUACAGUUCUGUUAUCAAGAAUUCAUCGAAAAAUGUCGAGAGAUUUAUUCCGUGCUUUGCAGCCAACGUAGUCCACGUGACCCGGUUGUGGUUCCCACCUCCGAUUUAGCCAAUGUCCAGUCAACUCCAGCCAAUAAUGCACCACCAGCAGAUGGCGUUGAGACAGCAAGCUUACUGCGAGCGGUUGGUCAUCUUUGCAAGACCAGUAAAAUAAGCUCUCCUGCACCUGAUGUCCUCCAAGAUAUUUUAACACCAAUGGCAACUGUUCGAGUGUCCUUUUAUGAAUUUCUAAUGAUAUUGGCAAAGAGUGAAACAGUAAACAACUCAUUAGGGAUCUUGCCAAGCAGAUUGAAAGUAUUUGAAAAUAAUGAUACAUGUAAUUCCUUUCGGAUUCCAGCGUAUCACCUGCACACUUCAACUGGACGAUUCACCAAGAAUUAAGAGUUGGUGAAAAAGAACUUCAUUUCCAAAUUGUUAUGGCUGUCAAUGAAAACCAUAAAAAUCUGAAAUAUAAUUUUCUCCAUAUUCAUUAGUGCUGAUACUAAUUGUUGGUUAAUUGCAGCAUCCAGUUAGCAUUGUUUGGCAAUAAAUGAACCUUAUAAUUAUUGUGGUUUUCUAAGUGCAACUGAUCAACUGAUGUAUUUACCAAACUAGUGACACUCAAUAAAUGUGUUCUGUCUUAA